GACCCCCUAUAAGCCAUCAAGGAAAUCUGGAGGGUUCCGAAUCCUGGCCUCUUUCCCGAGCUGCUUCAAUUUUAUUUACAUCGAUUUUAUUUUUAGAUAAAGCGUUCCAUUUCUCAACUGUCGCGAUUGUAGUGUCCUGCAUGCAAAGCACUUAAUUAAAUAUCCCGCUAUCCUGUAAAGAAAAAUGUUAACGUUCGUGAACAAAACGUCUACAAACUUUGGAGGUUUCAAAGACAGAAACUCUAGCUCAAACACCAUAUUCAAAGACGUGGUCCGCAAAUGUUUUUUUUUUUACCGCAUGCAAAGAUGCAAACGCGGAUGAGAACUAUUUUGUACAGCGCACGGCGCGCGCGUCGUUCAUUUUGAAAUGAUGGAAUCGGCGGGAAACAACCACUGGACGCCAUUUUGGAUAUGAAAACUAAGCGAGCAAUCGUUUCAUCCUGUUGGAGACUGUCUUAUUGAUGACCUGAAGGUCGUGUCUAACUGUGUUAUACAUCAUCCGAUUACUCAAAUCUUCAGGAUCAACGAAACACCACCAGCGGCGAGGGCUGUGAGACAUAAUGUUCUACGCCCACUUUGUGCUAGCCAAGAAAGGGCCUCUGGCCCGGAUUUGGCUUGCGGCCCAUUGGGACAAGAAGCUGACAAAGGCACACGUCUUCGAGACAAAUAUUGAGUCGAGUGUUGAAGGAAUCCUACAGCCGAAGGUCAAGAUGGCGCUGCGUACAUCAGGCCACUUGCUGCUGGGCAUUGUACGCAUUUAUUCUCGCAAGGCCAAGUACCUGCUGGCCGACUGCAAUGAGGCCUUUAUUAAGAUCAAGAUGGCUUUUCGGCCUGGAGCUGUCGACCUGCCGGAGGAGAACCGACAGGCUCAUGUCAAUGCCAUUACUUUGCCGGAGGUCUUCCAUGACUUUGAAACGGGAAUGCCUGACCUCAACAACAUCGACAUGGAAGCAGCUGUGAGCCUCAACCAAAGCCGGGCGGAAGAUAUCACCAUCAAAGAAGACUACGGUAACAUCAGCCUCAUCCACGAGGAUGGCUUUGGGGAUAUGGGCUUUGAAGACGCUGAGAUGGGUCGUGACGUCUCCAACAUUGAUGAGGCUUUUGACCAGGCCUUUGGUAGCACACGACUCGGCAACGCCUCAGUGGCACAGGACUGUUCCUCUGAGCUUCCCCCAGAAGCUGAGAAGCAAGACAACUUUGAGCCAACAGGAGCCACAUUGGGAUCUGCAGGAGGGUCCUUGUUUGAGCCGGCAGGACUAUUUGUGGAUGCUCCUUUGGUAUCUGUCUCUUCUAUGGAUGUCCAUGUCCAGGAGCCAAUCCCUCAGGCAGAUGAGAGUGAUGAUGAUGACAUGUAUGAUAUGGGACCCCCAUCAAUGGGUGGUCCUUCAAGCCCAGAGUCCUCAGAUGCUCCUCAACCAGAAGGUCCCCCAAUGGACUUGAUGGCACCGACAGUCUCAGCACCACCGGACCAGACAACACUGAUACACAAUGAAGACGAGAGCUUUGCCCUGGCACCGCUAGAUGCUACGCUUGUACAAGGGCUGGAGCGUGCAAAAGCCAAACGCAAGAGAAAACUCAUUGUGGAUGAAGUGAAGAAUAUCUCUGGAGAAGAAAUGAAGUCUCAACUGUCAGACACUACAGACAUUGUGACCACUCUGGAUCUGGCUCCUCCAACUAAACGACUCAUGCACUGGAAAGAAACAGGUGGAGUGGAAAAGCUCUUUGCUCUUCCAGGACGACCCAUCCUCUCCAGGAAUCUAUCCAAGCUUUACCAACGUCACUUGACCACAAAAGCUGUAGAGAAUGAAGGGGGUGAAGAAGAGGAAUCUGCCGAGUGUGACAGACACGACCAUGCCAAACGGCCACGUUUGGAGGGUGAACAGUACGAGAUGGCAAGUGGGUACCCUCCUGAGGGGUACCCCGAGUAUCCUGGUGGCUGGGCUCCUGAGUACAGCUUCCCUGGAAGUGUCCCACCCGUUGAAUACAGUGCUCCAUUCCACCUGGGAGCGAACAUAAUGGGAACCCCCAUGGUGCAAGCUCAGGAGCAGCAAAUGUUUCCCCACAUGGAGCCAGACUAUCGGACGCGCUCCCCUGUCGACAUGUUGCAACAGCCCACCCCUGGCAUGCUGCAGCAGCCACCACCCACCCCCGGCAUGUUGCAACCGCCCACCCCCAGCAUGCUGCAGCAGCCACCACCCACCCCCGGCAUGUUGCAACAGCCACCGCCCACCCCCAGCAUGCUGCAGCAGCCACCACCCACCCCCGGCAUGCUGCAGCAGCCGCCGCCCACCCCGGGCAUGCUGCAGCAGCCGCCCACCCCCGGCGUGGUGCAGCAGCCACCGCCCACCCCUGUCAUGGUGCAGCAGCCUCCACCCACCCCUGGCAUGGUGGCACCGGUGAGCCCCUCACAGCAGCCCACAAGUGAUGAGCCGAAUGAGUUUGAUGCCCUGGUGGGUCAUUACAAUGCUCCUCCUGUGAACACAGUCCCCUUUGAACACAACCAGCUGGAUGAGGAAGAAGAGGAUGAUUAUGGGGCACCAGCAUCUGUUGGACCGGUGGAAGAGCAGCAAGCGGACGAAACUUAUGAGCAGUUUGAAGAGAGGAUCCUGACAAAACGUACUGUGCACAUGCUUCAUGUCAUCAGGACACCCCUAGAGAGUGGUCGCAAAGUACGCUUCAGUGACGUUGCCCGCAACAACCUCCGCAAACAGGUGGCCCAAAAAUUCUACACAUUCCUGGUAUUGAAAAAACAGCAAGCUGUGGAACUGAGCCAAGAGGCUCCAUAUGCUGAGCUGUAUGUGGAGAAAGGACCUCGAUACGAACAGUCCCUGUGUACAUAGACAAAAUGGGCCAGCCGUGUGUAUAUUCACUUUUAGGUUUUGUAAAUAAUUGUAAAUUAUGUCGAGCGAGAUGUUAUUUUUAAGGAAAUAAAGCUCUGGUGUACGUCAUGA